ACUCCCAAAACCCUGAUAUCUCCAUAGCCCAAAAACUAAGCAAGGUUAGGUAACAGAUAGCUACCUUAAGCCCCCAUCAAAACCUUCCUUUUACAGCAUACUCCUCCUUCAUGGGUUCUUGCAAUUCUAGUCUGUCCUUGUUUUGGUGAUUUGAAUUGCCGCAGAAAAUAACAACAUACUUUGCCUGGGUUUGGAUUUUUGUGUCUGUGGGUGUCUUGAACAAAACACAAAAUGCAGCUUCACAUAUCACCCAGCUUGAGGCAUGUGACUGUGUUUCCAGGGAAGGGAGUUAGAGAAUUCAUCAAAGUGAAAGUUGGGUCGAGGCGGCUUUCGUACCGGAUGCUCUUCUACUCCAUUCUCUUCUUCACAUUUCUUCUCAGGUUUGUGUUUGUUAUGACAGCAGUGGACACCAUUGACGGAGAACGCAAGUGCUCCACAAUAGGUUGCUUGGGGAAAAGACUAGGACCGAAGAUUUUGGGAAGAAGGCUUGACUCUACUGUCCCAGAAGUGAUAUACCAAAUAUUAGAAGAACCCAUCGGCAAAGAUGAAUUACAAGGAAGAUCUGAUAUUCCUCAGUCCUUGGACGAAUUUAUGGCUGAGAUAAAGGAAGGCAAAUCAGACGCAAGGACCUUUGCUGUCAAGCUCAGAGAUAUGGUCACACUUCUUGAGCAGAGAACAAGAAAUGCCAAAAUCCAAGAGUACUUGUACCGGCAUGUAGCAUCAAGCAGCAUACCUAAACAGCUUCACUGCCUAGCCUUGAGGUUAGCCAAUGAGCAUGCCUCCAACGCAGCUGCUCGCCUCCAGCUCCCUUCCGCUGAACUCGUCCCCGCCCUUGUUGACAACUCCUACUUCCAUUUUGUCCUCGCCUCAGAUAACGUGCUCGCCGCCUCUGUCGUUGCCACUUCGCUUGUCCGUAACUCAUUGCGCCCUCACAAAGUUGUCCUUCACAUAAUUACAGACAGGAAGACAUAUUAUCCCAUGCAAGCAUGGUUUUCUUUGCAUCCCUUAUCGCCUGCUAUAAUUGAGGUCAAGGCAUUGCACCAUUUUGAUUGGUUUACAAAGGGGAAGGUGCCAGUGUUGGAAGCAAUGGAGAAAGACCAAAAAGUGAGAUCGCAGUUUAGAGGAGGGUCAUCAGCCAUUGUGGCAAACAAUACAGAUAAGCCUAAUGUCAUUGCAGCAAAGUUGCAGGCACUUAGUCCCAAGUACAACUCAGUGAUGAACCAUAUCAGAAUACAUCUACCAGAGAUGUUUCCUAGUCUCGAUAAGGUAGUGUUCUUGGAUGACGAUAUAGUAGUUCAAACGGAUCUUUCACCGUUAUGGGAUAUCGAUAUGAAUGGAAAGGUCAACGGAGCAGUUGAAACAUGCAGGGGAGAAGAUAACUUUGUGAUGUCAAAGCGGCUCAAGAGUUAUCUGAACUUCUCUCAUCCUUUGAUAUCGAACAAUUUCAAUCCCAAUUCAUGUGCAUGGGCUUAUGGCAUGAACAUCUUUGAUCUAGACGCUUGGAGGAAAACCAACAUAAGCCUUACAUACCACUAUUGGCUUGAACAGAACUUGAAAUCAGACCUGAGCCUGUGGCAGCUAGGAACAUUACCCCCCGGCCUAAUAGCAUUCCACGGCCAUGUCCAUGUUAUUGAUCCGUUUUGGCACAUGCUGGGACUGGGAUAUCAGGAAAACACAAGUUCUGCUGAUGUUAAGAGUGCUGGUGUCAUCCAUUUCAAUGGGAGAGCAAAGCCUUGGCUAGAGAUUGCUUUUCCGAAACUUCGGCCAUUUUGGGCAAAAUAUGUCGACUUCUCAGAUAAAUUCAUCAAGAGCUGUCAUAUAAGGGCAUCCUAGGUUGGGUUUUCAGAGGCAUAUGUCAACAGCGUUGAUGAGAAAGAGUUUACUGUAUAUGAGGAAAAGGAAAAUUAGAGAGUUCUCCCAAAUUCAAGCCUUUCAACACUGAAUGCAAGAUAAAAACAGCACCAGGCUUCUGAAUUGCAGAACUCUCUUUCCUCAGUGGAAAUUCCUUAACCGGUCUCUGUAUUUUUUUACCCUUGUUUUACCAAUUAGAUCUUGCAACCAUAAAUUUUUGUUUAAUAACAAGAUGUUAGUAUGCAGUACAUGCAAUAAAAUGCAAGACCACACACUUUUAAGACUCAAAGAGAACUGCAAGCUGACAGAUGAUAGGAUACAUUAAAA